AUCGUCCAACCAUCUUCAAUGUUUGAAAACAUAUCUUGUGUUUAAGUAUUAUGUAUAUAUAUAUAUAUAUAUACAUAUAUAUAUAUAUAUAUAAAUUGAAUGUUGUUUUGCGAAUUGAAUAUUAUUUUGCGAAUUAAACUGUGUUUUGCAAAACUGAAUUGUAUUUGCAAAUUGAUUUGUUCUUUGCAAAUUGAAUUAGAUUGUAAUGCUUUUAAGAAUCAUGAUUCUUUUAAAACGAAUGUUUGUGUCAAUGAGAACCCAAGUGAGAGAUGGUUUGAGUUGAGGCAUUGAGCGGCUUGAGAAAUUGAGUUAAUUGAGUAUCUUGAGGUCGAACUUGGGAAUCGAGAGGUAUGUGAAAGAGCCAAAAGGUUAAGGGAGUGUUAAUUAAGAGUUAAUCAUAAGUGAAUACGUUAAUGAUCAGGUAAAAGUCCUUGCAUAAUGGAAGAAGUCCUACUUGAGUUUCUAAGGAGUUUAGGUCUUAGUGUUAAACUAUAUAAGAGAUCCUAAAGUAAGAUUUAGUGGAACCAAGGACACCAUUUUUAAUUCUAAAUUCUUGUUUCAAUAAAGGUUUAUGUUUUCUUUCAACUAGGUCAUACUUGUUUUUAAUUUUCUUAAAAGACGCUUGUUUUCUUAAUCACGUGUUAAUAAUAAAAGAAUUCUUUUAAUGUAGUAAAUGAGAAUCUUUAAACUAUUUUAAGUAUAACAAAAGCGGAGUUUUUAAUGAUUCUUGAAUGAGUCGUUUCAAGGUUUUAUAAUCUUUCCUAACAAGCCAUAUUUAUUUUAGAAUUUCCUAAAAUCCACAUGUUUUUCCUAAAACCAUGAAUUAUGGAACUUAAACUAGCUUUGAACACUAUUAAAGUGUUUAAUGAACUUAAAAGUUGGAAAGGUUAUAACGAAAGAUAUUUUCAGUUUUAUUUUGUUUUCUAUAAAUGGCAAUAGUUUGCAAAUAAAGAAAUCAUUAACACGUUUUAAAACGAGUUUAUUAUAGGAAUAAAAAUAUAUACUUUAAAAUAAAUAAUCAAGUCUUCAUAUUUUUUAUAACCUAAUAGUUUGAAAUCUAUCGAGAGGAUAUUUUAAUGAAUAAUAAAGAUUAUGUUUGAGUAAAUAUGUUUUAUGUAAAUGUUUACAAAAUACAUUUCAAGCACACUAAGCUAUUAAAUAACGGUUUUUUCAUGAAAUGCCCCUGAGGUUUGCAAUAAUGCACCAAAUACCCCUGCCCGUUUUAAAAUUCAUAGAAUACCCCUAUUUUUUCCAACUGUUCAUAAAAUACACUUGGAUUUAACGUCCGUUAGUCCUCCGUUAGUAUGAAUUUACGUUUUUACCCUUAUGUGGCUCAAAUCCCAUUCAUCUGUAUACUUUCUCUCUUUCCCACCCAACCCACCCAAACUUUCUCUCUCCUCCCACUGAACCAACACCACUCCUCACCCCGUCACCAUCUUAGCCCCCACUACCGUCGCCAACCUCGGUCAGGAUUUGACUUUCUCUGGUGCACCGUCGAUGGCAUCGGUGACCCGGUCAACUCUCUAUCUCCUCCAUUGGCGUUGUCGACGAGUGAGAUUUCAUCAAGGUGAGAGGUGUUGAUUAAGGGGAGGAGAAGACGGCGGGAGGAGUUGAUCCCGGAGCGGAGGAGAGAGAAUUAGAAAAAAUCGGGUUGGCGGAGGAAGAGGAGCUUCCACCAUCGUUGGGCGGAGAUGACGGAGGAGGGGCAACACCAGAAACGUCCGUUGUUGGAGUGGUCAUGGUGGGUGAAUUCGGCGGCGAUUUCGGUGGGAGAAAUUAGGGUUUUGAGACCGGGUCGUUUGCUAGGGAUGUUGCUAUCAUGCUAUGCAUCCUGAGACUUGGAUUGAUUUCCCUUUGCCUGAGGAUGACGAGGAUGAAGGAAGUUGAAUUGCAUAAUUAUAAACGGAUAACGGGGAGAAAAAAUGUGUGAUAGAUCCUGCAAUGACCUCAGUUUGCGGUGCACCAGCGUUUGUGGGAUUCGUUACAGGCCAUCCCGAGCGUCGCUUAUUUUUGUGGCGAUCAUUCGGGUUUGCGGAACACGUAUUUCGGGAUUAUGUUCCUUUGACAACGACUUUAUUGAACUUAAGAAACAAAAAGAAGAAAGAGAAAGAAAUUACACCAACAAUUGAUGCAGAUUUGUUGGAAGAUAUCAACAAAGAAGUUUCAGAAACGGAAGAAGAAGAAGAGAGCGAACUUUCCAAACAAAGGAAAGCAUUGCAAGAACAACAGAAGAUGGUGCAAGCACUUCAGGAAAAGCUGCUACAACAGGAAAAGCAGCUGGAUCUGAUUGAACAAAAAAGAAGGGUGGAGAAGGACAAAAAAAUUCCAGCAAAGAUCCUGAAAAGCAGGAAGAAACUGAAAAGAAAGAGCAUGAAGUAAAAGUGCAUGAAGAAGUGAAAGAACCUGAAAAAGAGGAGGCUGAGGUAAAAGUUCCAGAAGAGCUGGAUGAACCAGAAAGAAAAGAAAAGAAAACGAACUUAAAAAUUACUUUGAGAAAGAAAAAAGACGGAGAAGAAGCUGGUGAGGAACCUGAAAAAGCAAAGGGGAAGUCUAGGAAAUCAAUACCAAACAGGAAAAGGACAAGAAGUCAAUUGCUGAAAGAAGAAUUUCCCGAUCUUAUCAAAGAGGUAAAGCAGGAAUUGGAAGAGGCACAUAAGAAGAAGAGCUUGUUGCCUGCUGAGAAAAUUUCAACAAAAAAAGUUGCACCCAAUGCUAAGAAGGGGAAUGGAGUUACUUUGAAAAAGACUGCAGCACUUAAGAGGGGUAGCAAAGUUAAUCAGAUAGUUGUGAGGGAGGUUUAUGAAGACGAGGAAGAUGAAGAAGGAGGUGAAGAAGAAGGUGAAGAAGUAGAAGAGGAAAGUGAACCCUUAAUGAAGAAGGGGGAAAAAGUAGUUGAGAAGAGAGCAACAAGAAGUAAACAAAUUGUUGUUUCUGAUGAGGUCAUGGAGGUGGUGGAUGAUGAGAAACCAAAAUCUUUGGUUGUUGCCAAACCAAAACCUGAAGAAAGGAAACUAAAUCUAAGGCAAACUCCGCAAUUGAUGAUGCGAUUCUUGAGGGGAAUUGCAUCUAAUGAACCAGAUGAUAUAAGAAAACAACAAGCCAUCGUGGAGUUAGGCUUUGGAUCUCUUCUGCAACUUGACAUCCCACAAAACGAAAAUCCAUUCCCGUACGAGUUGGUUAGGAAUUUCAACUCGUCCGACCGUUCCUUGCAUCUACCAAAGUCUUCCCUUGAUAUUACUGUAGAGGAUGUAUACCUGGUGUACGGUAUACCUAUUGGAGGAGCUCCGGUCGUGGAAUGGACUGAUGAACAAGAUCCUGAAGUGUUGAGGGUUUUUGCUGAAUUUUGGGCAUACUGGAAAGUGAAGUCUGGAUGCCCAAAAUUGAAAGAAAUGGUUGAAAAACUGAUCAAAGAUGAGACUCCAGUUGAUGAUAACUGGAAGAGAUCUUUCCUAGUGGUUGCAGUUAACACCUGCAUUAAAUCCACUACUAAUUUAUCGCCAAACUUCAGAUUCCUAGCAAGCACUGUUGACUUGGAGCAAGUGAGGAAUCUAAAUUGGUGCCAGUAUGCAUACACCAGCCUUCUUGGGGCAGCUAUGUACUGGAAUGUGGACCGUAGCAGAUGGUUUGCUGGUCCACUACCAUUUCUAAUGGUAUGUUAUUUCGAUCGGGUGCAGAUCAUGGAAGAGUACCCUCCAAGGAUCUUCCCCCUAAUUUCUUGCUGGACAAGAGAUAUGAUAAGCAGCAGGGUACGCAAUGACAAUGCUACAGGCUUCGGACAUGGCUUGAUUCUGGACAGAAUUCAAGGUCCACCUGAGCUACAACUGUACAGGAAGGAGAUGGAGCUGCUCAAACAGCAUAAAGCACUCAGUGAACAACCACCACCACUUCUUCUUCAACACCCACAACAACAACAGCAGCAACAUGAUGAACAACCAUCGCAGCAACCAUUGCAGCAACCACAACAGCAACAUCAACACCAAGAGCCUAACUGGUCCACAAAUGAUGUGCCCAGAGAACAUCAAGGUGCACCAGUGACUCAACUCGGGGAUGACAAAGAUUUGCCAGAGCAACAGGCAGACCCCAGUGAGAAAGCAAAAGUCCCUUCUACAAUUGAGGAAUUCCAUGCUGAAUUCACUAAAACCACUACUGAACUCAGUAGUGUCAUGAACAAGUUCAACGACUUAUUGUCGUUGUCCAGAAAGUUCUUUGACACUACUAUUGAUGUCAAAAAAAGUCUGCCAUUCAAUAUGGCAAAAAUGUGGUCAACAUGCUCUUGAAC